UAAUGUUCAUUGUUAAUAAAACCCCUUGUACUACUUCAUAAUCUCAACCAGACCUACAAGAAUAUUAAUAAUUAUUUCAUGACGAGGAUCCACGUCAAAAUUAGAGUGUUACAUUAUAUGAUAGAGUUAAAACUAUUAAUUUUUAGUAAAGUCCAAAAAACUAAUUAUAAUAAUAAUUAUCUAAUUUAUCUUUAACCAAAACUACCAUCAAUAGUCUCAAGACUCUUUAUCAAUUUACAAAAAAGUAAUUCAGUUUUUUCUAUUAUUAUGAAGAACCAUAACAUAAAUUUAAUCAAAAUAGGAAAUAACUUUAGGUUUAAAUUUUGUCUCUUCAAUGAAAGAAUCUAAUUAAUUUAUGUUUAAUGUGACCAAAAAAAUAUCAUCAUUUAUUAAAACCGAUAAAGUUAUUGUACCACCUCACAAAAUAGUUGGAAAUUGGGUUCAAUAAUUGAAAUCUAAAUGCUUUAAAAAGAAAAACCCUUAAAAUUCGUAAUAUCUUAAUUAUAAUUCUGGUUAAAGAGACGAAGACAAUGAUCUUAUUAUAAUAUGAUUUUUGCC